GCUUUUGAAUUUUUAAACUUAAAACAACAAUAAGAUUGAAUUCUUCACAAUAAAAUACAAUCGAAUUGUUGCUUCAACUCUAAGGCCGGUCUCAGUAAUUAUAAUAUAAUGUUGUUUGCAAUAAAGUUUGAUAGCCCUCAUUAAUUUGCUCUCAUUCUCUCUUGAAUGAGAAACCAGCUUUAAAGAUAGUAAAAAAAAAUUGCUUAAACAUGGAUCUCAAGAAGAUUGUUCUGCUUUUCCUCCUGGUUUCAGGUUUUCUUUUAUCAACUUCUCUGGCAGGUCGCCGAUCCAGGUUGGUGAACAUGUUGGCUGAGGAAGUGGAUGCAGCUUUUGAGGAAGGCGGCGAAGCAAGUGCUGCUGUCCAUGAAAGGUUGCUUGUAGUAAACACCAAAGACUAUGGAAGAUAUGACCCAUCACCAGCUCUUGUCAAGCCUCGCUUCAAGCUCAUACCUAAUUGA